AUGCAGCAGGUCCAGGAGAAGGUGGGGGAUGAACUGAGCAUGGGUGGGGCCGGGACCCGGCCAGUGCUCAGGACAAUGCCAUGUACGGGCACCACCCAUGCUCAGUUCAUCCCCCACCUUCUCCUGGGCCUGCUCCAUAGAGCCAGCUCUUCAGGAGCCACCUUGUACUGUCAUUGUUCCAACAAGACCCAGGCCAACCCUGCCCUGAGUCUCUGUGGGAAAGAGUGGCUGCUGGAUUCAGACCCCAAAUGGGCUGGGAGUGGUCUCUGCGGGGGCGGGUCAGGGUCUCACACCCUCCAGCAGAUGUGCUGCUGCCACCUGUGUCCCAACAGGCGCCUCCUCCGCAAUUACAAAGAGUUCUGCAAUGAUGGCGCCCACUACCUCGCGCUGAAGGCGGACCUGUGCUCAUGGAGGGAGGCAGACUCCUGGGCUCUGAUCUCCCAGCGCCAGUGGGAGGAGGAGGGCGGCGGGACACUGAAGGCCUAUGUGGAGGGGACGCGUGUGGAUUCACUCCGCAGAUACUUUGAGAACCUGCGGAGAGCAGAGCCUCCGAAGACCCAGGUGACCCACCACCAGGAACUCCAUGUCCCUGAGGGAGAGGUCACACUGAGGUGCUGGGCCCGGGGCUUCUACCCGGCGGACAUCGUCUUGACCUGGCAGCGGGACGGCGAGGACCAGACCCAGGACAUGGAGCUGGUGGAGACGAGGCCUACGGGGGAUGGGACCUUCCAGAAGUGGGCAGCUGUGGUGGUGCCCUCCGGGGAGGAGCAGAGAUACACGUGCCUAGUGCAGCAUGAGGGGCUACCUGAGCCCCUCACCCUGAGAUGGGAACUGCCUUCCCAGCGCACCAUCCCCAUUGUGGGAAUAGUUGUUGGCCUGGUUCUCCUCGCAGCUGUGGUCAUUGGAGCUGUGGUUGUAUUUGUGAUCCGGAGGAAGAAGUGCUCAGCUAGAAUGGGUGGGGCCUGGACACAGGCAGUGCUCAGGACAAUGAGAUUUUGGUGGACACUUCUCAGCCAGGUCACCUUCACACCUCUCUUGUCUUUAUUCCUUCAGUAG